AUGUGGGGAAAUCGAUCUAAGAUGGCGACUGUGGAACCGGAAACCACCCCUACUACUAAUCCCCCACCUGUGGAAGAGGAAAAAACAGAAUCUAAUCAGGAGGUUGCCAACCCAGAGCACUAUAUUAAACACCCUCUACAAAACAGGUGGGCACUCUGGUUUUUUAAAAAUGAUAAAAGCAAAACUUGGCAGGCAAACCUUCGAUUGAUCUCUAAGUUUGAUACUGCUGAAGACUUUUGGGCUCUCUACAACCAUAUCCAGUUGUCUAGUAAUUUAAUGCCUGUCUGUGACUACUCACUUUUUAAGGAUGGUAUUGAGCCGAUGUGGGAAGAUGAGAAAAACAAGCGGGGAGGACGAUGGCUAAUUACAUUGAACAAACAGCAGAGACGAAGUGACCUCGAUCGCUUUUGGCUAGAGACACUGCUGUGCCUUAUUGGAGAAUCUUCUGAUGACUACAGCAAUGAUGUAUGUGGAGCUGUUGUUAAUGUUAGAGCUAAAGGUGAUAAGAUAGCAAUAUGGACUACUGAAUGUGAAAACAGAGACGCAGUCACACACAUAGGGAGGGUAUACAAGGAAAGGUUAGGACUUCCUCCAAAGAUAGUGAUUGGUUACCAGUCCCACGCAGACACAGCUACCAAGAGCUGCUCCACCACUAAAAAUAGGUUUGUUGUUUAAGAAGACACCUGAGUGUUCUCACAGGAGACUGCGUCACGCAAUCGAGAUUGGGAGCUGAACCAAAGCCUCAUCCAAGCAGAGUGGACUGCACUGAAGUUUGAUUCCAUCUAAAUGUUGCUAAGAUAUAAGAGAAGUCUCAUUCGCCUUUGUCUUGUACCUCUGUGUUCAUUUCUCCCCCUCCCCCUGCCCCCAACUUUUGCUAAUGUGUCCACUAUCCCAAUCAAAGAAUUACAGUAUACGUCACCCCAGAA